AAAGCAACCAAGGUCACGGGUUUGUUAGCGGGUAGUUUGUGUGCUCAGUUUGUAUGCUGCUUCGGGAGGUUGCUAUUCUUUGUUUGUGUGAUGGAGGAGUAAUUUAACCUCUAUUUAGCUUAGGUAUGACGUUUCGCAAGCUUAUUUAAUUUCUGGCGACUUGCUUUCCCAAACAUAUUGUGUUUUGUGCUUUAAAAUCAACUAGUUUGGUUUUCACUAGUGUUUGGCUUAUUCGGAGUCGAUUUUAAAUCAAUGAGGAUUAAUUAAAUAUAUUUUUUGUAAGGUGGGCUGAUUUUUCUUCAAUGGUGGUAGCAAGGCUAUGGGUCGACAUUAGAGUGAAAGUUAUAUAUGCCCAAGCUCCCAAUUUCGGGGAAAAUUUGGCACAUUUUGGGGAAGCCGCUAUAGUAAAUUUAGGGGAAAUGGCACAGAAACCCCAAAAUUGGAAGCUCAGGUGGACUCACUGACAGCUGGCUCUAUUUAUUCUCAGUAUUUAAAAGUAAGGAUGGGAUCUCAAACGAUGUGUUAAUCUUCGUGGUUCAUAAUGUUAGGAAGGUCUAGUCUGGUUUUGGACAUACCUGUAGGUGGUGCUAAUACUUCGUUUUCCUUUUUAGAGUUCGAAUAAUUUACUACUCGGCACAAGAAGCAAAACUCUAUAUGCGUAUAGUUUGAUCUCGGUUUUUGAGAUCCAUUUCCAAUUUCCAGCUCUAGAUGAAAGGAAAGGAUUUACUAAUAUAAUCAAGUAUUUCAAAAGGGGCUUGGUCUCCAGAUGUGUUGUUAACUAGCCUUACUUUUGCUCGUUUGCGGCAUCAAAAUCAUAUUUGCCCAACUUUUACAUAAAUUGUUUCAGUUAAAGUUCAUGUUCUUUAAAUCAAACUCGUUUCUGUGGUUCGCCUUAUCUGCCUGUUCUUUAUACCUGCUAGGUUGUGUGUUUUUGUCGUUCUUCGUAUGCGCUUACUAGACUUCAUGAUUUUACUUCCUAGUUCUAAUUUUUUAUGUGAGGAUUAAAUUUAUAUGUAAGUCUUGUCUGCAAUGGUCGGCCGUACUUAUCAGUGUAGAUUCCUUCUUCUCUGUUAAGAAAGGAAUGCAAUAUGAUGGAUUUAGUGAAUAGUUAUGCCUGCUUCGGCGUAGGUCGCCGGGUAGUAUUCCAGCCCUCACACAAAUCGAAUGACAAAGCGUGACGCAUACAUAUUUGAUGCCUCCUUAUACCAAUGUCUAUCUUUAGAUAAAUAAAUAAAGUAAACAAAUAGUUAUGCAAGGUAUCUUUCCGCUUUACACUCACUACAUAUGAGUGAUGUUAGAAGCCUUACUCUCAUUGGCUUCGCCGUUAGGGUGGGACGUCACUGAUCCAGGAGGUGAUUGCGCUUCUUGCGUUAGUGAAAAAGAAAGUCGACCGUAGUGGUACUGGAGAUUAGGGUACCGACAAUAGAGAGUAUAUUGGUCAUAAGUGGAACUACUGGAAGAGCUAAGCACAACUGGAAAACGUGAAAAGGCGAGAAGUCAUUAGCAAAGUACUCAAAGAGUGGAAUUCCGGAUGGUGGACCACUUAUUCGUGAAGUUGAUUCUUAAGUCAUUUUAUCCAAAGACCCAAAUAGAACUGUCGCCAAUUCAAAAUGUCAUGAUAUGAAAUUCUCAUAUGAGGGUGAACGGAAAUCGGUACGAAGUUAGAGCAGAAAAAAGCCAUCCUCACCACCAGAUUACCACCUCUGGUUGGUAAGAUGUCUUUGGGCAGCUCCCAUUUUGAGUAACUUAAGGAAUAAUGGGUGCUUUCAUUAGUUUGAUUUAUUUUUGUUAGUAAUGAGAGUUAGUGGUUAGUUAAGUAUCUCUAGACUCCAUUAUUUUAGUGAUUGGAUAUAGUAUUUGGAACACAACCAUUCUAUUGUUUGCUUCCGUUUCAUUUUAAACUUCUUUCUGAAGACUAAGUUGUAAAGAUACAAAAGUUUAUAAACAUCUCUACACAUCCUUUCCACUUUAUUAAAUAUUUCGUAGAUUGUGAAACUAUGCGAGAUUGUCACAGUGAUUAAACACUUGCUCCCCGUAGUGAUACGUUUUAUUAAACCACGCUGUGUUGAUGUAACCAAAUACUUUUUUCAUCAGUGUUGCCAUUCAAGUUUCUUACUUUUGUCAGUUUCAGUCUUGGAUUAAGGAGCUGUUGUCCUUUGAUAGAUAGACCAGUAAAGUUGUUCGCAGAAGUGCUCUAAUUAGUCUCUUAAUUUUUAGGUUUGAAUUUUACAUAUCCGCCUAUCCGGAUCUAAUCCUAUCGCAUACUAACGCGUUUUUAACCAGUUUUAACUUCUUAUACUAUCCAAGUCAAUUAUGAGCUCGUAUUCGUCUCCGCGAACCGUUAAUGAUGCAGACAGUGAUAUGGACUUUUCCAUUUAUUCGCCUAGUAGCGAGUUUGAUUUGGAUUUCACGUUCAGAUCUUUAAAGAAAGGAGCUUAUAAUAAGGAAGAAGAUUUAAAUCGUAAACAUUUCAACUCACCGGAAUCAUUACUCGUUUUAACAGCCAAAGCAAUCGCUCUACACUUCCCAUUUGAGGUUGUUGAAUCCAGUCCGGUUACUGUGCCAGAAGAAUUGCAAAGACUUAUAGCCUUUCAUAGCUUUCCAACUGAUGAAGAUGAUAUAUGGUUGUAUUCCUGUCUUAGCAGUGGGAGUUCAUACGAAUUUGAUCAAGGUGAAGCAUUGUGGGCUGAUAAAGCUGUUAAAGAGUGUGUUCAAAUCGGAUUUCAUCUGAGCGCAACUGUAUUGACAAGUCUUCAUAUUGCACCUGCUUUUGUACCUUCAGCGAAUAAUGAGGAGAAUGGUACAAAUAAUAAUAACAAUAAUAAUAAUAAUAAUAAUAAUAAUAAUAAUAAUAAUAAUCCUAGUUCCAUUGGUCAUUUCAUUCCAUAUGUUAUCAAUCCUAAUCCAAAUGAUGCACAUCGUGGACAGUCGAAUUUUGAAAAUUUUGGGACUGCAAAUGAAAGUGCUGUCAAUAACACUAAUAAUAAUAGUAACAAUAAUAGAUUACGAAAACGUGGAAUUAAUAUUGAGCCUGAUUAUCCUGCUCAUCGAGUUUCAUUGACAUUCGAUCGACAGAGAAUAACUUCAUGCUCAUGCACGUGUACUUUCGGUUUAGAGGAAAGAUGUACAGCUGUUGCAUCACCUUCAAAUUUUGGAGAUAAUAAUAUGAUAAAUUUAGACUCCACAGAAAACGUUAGUAAUUCUAUCAAAUCAAAUUCGUUUGCCUAUCAACCAAUGACUGGAACAGAACCAAAUUCUGGAACUCUGUGGCAAUUUGGUGCUAGAAAUAGAUCAAUUUUUACAAAUUCUCAUAUCAACUCACGCCAAAUAUCUAGUCAACUUAAUAGUUAUUUUCCAAAUAGUAAUUGUUUAUCAAAAAAUUCAUGUAAUCAAACAUCUCCCAACAGUCGUCGUUCUUGGUUGUUUAAUCAACAUAUUGUAAAUCAAAAUAACAUACGUAAUGAUUUAAUGCCGACAAAUGGGCAAAAUCCUACAGGAACAUGGUGUUCACAUGUUGUUGCCACAUGUUUAAUGCGUAUUCGACAACCUGAUAAAGUUUUAUUACGUGCUCCUAUAUCAGAGUCUCUGUCAAAAUUAAGUAGAGAAGAUUUACAAAAAUUUGCUCAAAAUUUAAUUUGUCACGUAGGCCCUAGAAAGAUUUUACCAGCUGCACAGCUUAUUCUAGACCAGUUAUUGGCUGCUACAAAUAAUCCUAUUAAAAAUUCUGCUGGAGCACCUGACCCAACCGUCGGUGGAGCUUUGGGAGAUGCAGCAGCGUGGUGUUUUGAUGGUGGUGUAUUAGAAGAAAAAUUACGAGUUACACUGCGUAGAUUUUGGGCUCCACGACCUGUAUUAUAUAGUGAUAUUGGAUCAUUAAGUUUUAAUUCACCUACGGAAGUAGAGAAUUUUCACUGUAUACUUCGUUCUUAUCGCGCCAACGAACCACGUGGCCUUUGGGCAUUACUAUCGUUUAUUAGAGAUAUGAUGAGAAGACAAGAUAAUAAUGGUGUCUUACUCUUAGAAAUUGUUACACGAUGCAUUUUAGAUAUGAAUGAGGUUAUGUUUUGGUGGUGUACUGUUCAAACUAAUCCUUGUCACUUUCCUGAAAGUGUAUCUGUUCGUCAAAAACAAACUCAAUGUGUUGCUGUUUGGUUAUGUGAAGAAAUUGUUCAACUUUGGAGUUUAGCUUGUUUAAAUCCCGAACUUCGACCAAUUUUAAAUUAUGUCAAUCAUAAGUCAUUGUCACCGUCAUCAUCAUGUGGAAAUGGUUUAUUUUCUACUGAAAAUUGUAAAUCUUAUUCAGAUUGUUGUUGGCUUUUACAAAAAAUUGCUCAUAGACUACAAGCAUUUCAUGCAUUCGCUUUAAAACAAGCUGAUAUUCAAAUAAAUUUAACAAGUACUACUGCUAAAAAUACUAUGACUAUGGUUUGGUGUGAUACAUUAGGCAAUGGAUCAUUUCCUAAUGAAAUAUCUUCUCAAGACGAUUCUGAUAUAAUACCAAAAAAUAUUUCAUUAUUUUCGGGAUUUUUACCGGCUCUUGCAGCUUGCAGACUUUCAUGGUCUUCCGAAGUUCCACCUACAUAUGGUCUUUCCGGUACAGAAUUUCUAAAAUUUAUGCCAUUAUUUUCUGGUGCACAUGUAAAUAGUGAUUCUGAAACAACAGAUCAUGCAGAUAUGAUUUUGAAUUUUUCAAAACAUUAUUACAAUUCAUUACGAAGUAAUAAUAAUAAUAAUAAUAACAACGGUAAUCAUAGUCAUAAUUGUCCAAUGGAAUUAGAUAAUUAUUGGAGUAUAGAUCAGAUGAAUUCACAAUUAUUGAAUAAUCUUCCUUCACCUGAAAAUCAUAUUGAAUUUGCUUUUACAAGAUUUCAAGCACUUAACGCUCAUGGUUAUACCGAACAAGCCUUACAUUGGGCACGUUUCCUAGCUCUUCUAUUACUAUAUACCAGUAAUGAAUUUAUCAAUGAAUGUGAACAAGCUUCUUUUGAAAUUGUUGGCAGAGUAAAAUACCAAUCUUCUGAAACUAAUACUACUAAUCAUGUAGCUAAUAUCAGUCGAAACGCAGACAAUUCACAUAGAACUAAUCAACAAGAUUCAUGUCCUGCUAACUAUCAGUCUAAUUCACGCGGUCAACAGAAAUCAGUGCCUGCAAGUACAGUGUCAAGUUCAUGGAGUUCAAAUGGUAUACCUGGUGGUAUAGGUAAUAGUAGUGGUGGUGUUGGUAUAGGCGGUAGUUCAAAUUCUCGAAAGAAUUCACGAAAUGGACGUUCUAAGAAAACUGGUGCAUGUUCAAACACAAAUAAUCCUCGAGAAGCGACAGAGAAAUUUACAAAUUCAAUUAAAUUACAUCCAUUAGGUAAAAAAUUAUCCAUUGAUUACACUAAAAAGGCUAUUCGUUGGUUGGAUCAAAUACGUUGUAUCAUGGAGUGCCUUUCAAAUGCACACAAGGAACGUAUCUUUAGUAUGCCGAAUUCUUCAACCAAUGGAAAUAUUUUCUUCCCUAAAUCAACACGCUUUGAUAAUACAAAUAAUAGUACUAAUAACAAUGAUAGUUGUAUAAAUAAUAAUAGUAGUAAUGCUAACCAUAAUACCACUGAUCACAGAAAGCAAACAGAAACUAACAAUAUUGAUUUACAUAGAUCUUUUGAUAUAUGGGAAUGUAUUGAUAUUGAGUUGAUUUUUCGUCUUGGAUUUUGUGCAUUGAAAUUUCCUCGACCACCAUGUUGUAGUCCAUUAUUAGAAGUGAAAUUAUUUGUUAUAGAAAUUACAUUACUUACUCGACUUUGUUUUUUACCGAUUCAUCUUGCAUGUCCACAUGUAAUAUCAAGUAUACGUAGUGAAGCUAAACAAUUAGCAUCAAAUUUAACAUUACAUCAAAAAGAUAUUCAUGUCCCAUUUAAUUUGGCCACUUAUUUAUUUCAUCAAUUGGUCGGUGUAGUUCGAUCAUAUGGGAAUUAUUUACCACCACAAUCAGCUAAUUUUAUCCCACCCAUUCAUCAAGAUACAGAAAAUGUUGCACCAAAUAUUAAUGUUUCACUAAUGGAGAAUUUUUUCGCUUAUCCAGUAUUGUCAACUGGUGCAGUACUAGCUGGAAGUGGUCUACCAUUAGCAAUGGACAUAUAUAAUUCCACUAAUGGAACUACUACUACUCAUUUGUCAGAAUCGGAAAAAAAUGAUCAUCCUAUUAAUGUUCGUAUAGCAUCAGAUGGAGAAUUAGGUUUACAAUCUAUCUUAUCAGUAUUGGGUGUAAAAUCUCGUGUGCCAGAAAGAUUAUUCACUUAUUUUAUUGAAGGUCAACGUGCUCAAGAAGAUGCCUUAGCUGUAUAUCUGUUUCGUAUGUAUCGAGAUGAUAUAUCAAAACUUGAUCGAAUUCGUGCACGUUUACUUGAUCGCUACUAUAAUCCAUACUUUAAAUCUCCGCCUUUAUGGGCUUGUUUAAGUUUGGGAUCUCAUGAAUUAAUGAAUUUUCAAACAUCAAAUCUCGACUAUAAUUCAGUUCCUGAAGUAGUGGUAACAAGUAAAAUUGAAAAUAAAUUGAAUGUAUCACAAAACACCUGUGUGCUGGUCGCUUCAACAGUCUCACUUGAACUAAAUAAUUUAUCACCGAAUAAUAAUAAUAGCAGCAAAACUCGAGAUGUAUUAAUUUUGUCUUCACCUUCCAACGCAAUCACUUCCAAAUUAAAUGAUGAUAAUUUAAUGGAUAACAACACACUACUAACUUAUGCUAGUGAAGAUCAAAAACAUUCUUCAAUAAUUAAACCUGAUAAUACGGUGGAAAAAAUGGCCGAUGACGAUAAUAGCGUCAAUAGCAGUAGUGUUCAUCAAGGGAAAAAUAGUGAUAUAUGUCCUAAUUCCAAUAAUACAACAGAUUCAUCAGAUGUAGAUAAUAUUGGUAAAUUAUCUGAGAAUGAUAAACAAUAUGCUCCGGCCAAUAAUGGCAACAAUAAUAAUACCCUUUGUUCGUUUGAUCCACUAUCGAUUAGUGAAGAUACAGAUACUUUAUCUGACUCAAAACUGGAUAAUUUACACUGUACUACUCUGUAUGAUGUUCGCAGAAAAAUAUCGCGUCAUUUGAACACAACUUAUACUACUACUAGUGCACCGGAAACAACUAGCAGUGAUAAUUCACCUGCUGUUACGCGUCGUUUGAUACUGAUUGGUGCUAAAUCAUCCGAAGCUCAAACAACAGAAAGUAGCGAUGGUGGUGGCGGUUGUGGAGUGAUUGCUGAACGUUACAAACAAUUGUCGUCGACUUUAUUGGAUCCAGUGAUAAUUAAUAAUAAUAAUAAUAAUAAUAAUAAUAAUAAUAAUAAUAAUAAUAAUAAUAAUAAUAAUAAUAAUAAUAAUAAUAAUAGAAUUUCUUUAUACGGAACUGAUAUUUCAGAUGAAAGUAAAGAUUAUAUUCAAUGUAGUGAUAAUGUUAGACAAGUUUCUACAGUAGAUGACAAUGUCAUACAAUCACCUUUCUCUUCAUUCUCUGAUGAUGAAGUUGAUGAUGGUGAUGACGAUGAGGAUGAUGAUGACAAUGAAUGUAUUCCUUCUGAGAUAGUUACAAAACAAUCUGUUGCUAAUAAUAUGGGAGUUAGUAAUGAAAAUAAUAAUACUAAUAAUAGUUUACGGACAAAUUUCUUUCAGUCUGUGCCAAACAAUACUUAUAUCCAUUCAGGAUCUAAUUAUGAAUCUAGAAAUAAUUCAAAAUUUAAUUUCACAUCAAAAAUUUCAACGUGUUCUCUUCCUAUUAGAAAUUUAUCUACUGCAACAGGUCCAUAUCGUUUACGCAUAGGUUGGCAUUCACAUCUUAAACGUCCACCACCACAACCUUUAUCCGAUUCAAUGGCUUUUCAUGCAUUUCAAUUAGCUGAAACAAUUCGUGAAUGUGCUGGUGGCCCAAGUACCAGUGGAUCUAUGUUUGUAGCUGAAACUGAAGCAAACGAUACUGUUCAUCGUAACCUCCAAUUAAUAUCAUUUCAAUUAGGACUUUAUGGCUUAGGCUUAUUCAAUCGUCUUUUGCCUUCUUGGCGAAAUCGUACAUUCUCAAGAAACGGUGGAUGGAUAAGUCAACAAGUAUUUGAAAUCGGUAUACCGGCUGCUUGUAUUUUAUAUCAUUCUUGGCAACAACAUCUUACAGCUGCAGAACUAACCGCUAUCUCAUUUCAAUUAUCAAGAACAAACAAUCGUUCUCUUGUUGAUGUUGCUGCAGAGUUAUGUCUUGCCAGUUUAUCAUUAUGUACAGCGUUAAAACCACAAGAAUUAUACAGAGCAUUAGAACAAUGCGGUGAACAUUCAAGUAAUACUUUAGAACGUGGUUUAUUAUGCGUUGAACGUAGCGCUUAUCAAUCAUCACAUGAUAUUUUACCAGAGAUAUAUUUUUUUAUAGCAAGAAGUUGGUAUACUUUAUAUCAUUCAACCAAUAAAGAAUUUGAACAAGCACUGAAUUCAUUGGAAUCCUUUAAUAAUUCCAAUCAGUCAUCAUUGAAAAUCCGAAAUGAUAACGAGAAUUUAUCCACGUUUAAUAAAAAUAAUACUACAAAUACAAUUUUAUCUGACUCAAAUAUUCAUGUUUAUCCUAAUUUAACGAAUUCAAUUCAGGAAUUGACUAAUAACGAUAUUAAUAAUAAUAGCAGUGUCACUAAUAAUAAUAGUGAUAUUAGUAAUAAUGCUACUAUCAAUACCGCUAUCACUACUACUACUAUUAAUAAUAAUAGUAAUAAUUCUAUCACAGAAAUGUCAUUAGUUUCAGAUUCGAACCAUGCAACUAGUGAUAAUAAAAGUAACAAUAAUAAUUCUAGCAAUGGUAUCAAUUUAACCAGUAAUGAUUUAGUUAAUGCUUGGUAUUAUUAUCAGUCGGUUAAUUUAUUGUCACAACCGAUUGUACGAGGUGAUCAACAACCUCAUCAUCAGCAUCAAGAGCAACCAAAUCAAUUGAUGUAUAAUGCCUCCAUGUUGUCCCCUGUGAAUUUUAAUUAUGGUGGUCUCCCACUUGGUCAACAACAACAUCAAUACGCAUCAUUUCCUUAUUAUAUGAAUAUGCUCGGUUUACAAACACCUCAGUCAUUAUCACAACAACAGACAAAUAAUAAUUUAUUGAAAAACAAUAACCCACAAUUACAGUCUACAACACCACCAACACAACGACAACAGUCUGCUCAUCCACCACCUCAUCAUCAUCAUUUACCGUAUUAUUUGCCGCAAUCUCAACAUAUAAUGUCACCGAUCCAAUUUAUUCCAAAUACUCCUCUUCCAACACCAUCAUCUCAGUCAAUGAAUAUGAUUCCAAGUGGUCCAUUUGUCACUAUUCCACAUCAUAUAAAUCCAUCUACUUCACUGUCUCCAACUGUUGGGACUAACGUUCUGCCCUGUAAUUCGUAUCAAGCUUAUUCAAUAGAUCAAGCAAUGGAACCAUCAUUGUAUGGUUUUAAUCCUGCAAUGACCUUACCAGCUGUUCAUCAAUCCAUGGUCUGUAACGUACUUGGUACUCCACCUCAGCCACAAGUACAAUUACAGCAACAACAACAUCAAACCGUUGAGCCGGUUACGUCAUUAGCAUCUAUAAACACUAAUAAUAACAUACACAGUACUAAUAACAAUUUUAUCAAUAAUGUUAGUUUGAAUACACUAUCUGAUAGUACAGUUAUUUCAGUCAAUUCACUAUCAUCAGUUAUAUCAUCUGCGUUAACAUCAACUCGUCAGUUGACAACAUCAAAUACUGCUUCUAGUUCUGUUGUUGUACAUCCAUCUAUGUCUGAUCAAGGAUCGAUUGUAUCUGAAGGUGAUUCUUGUCGAUUAGCUGAAUCUGUAGCAGAUGGAUUAGGCGAUGAAAACAAUCCAUAUUCUAACAAUAGUAAUUCUUCCGGUGAUUUGUCAUUGAAUAGUAACAAUAAUAAUAAAGAGAAAUUGUCAAGUAUUACAGCGAAAUCAACAGUCAGUGAAUUACAAACUUUAAAGUUGAAAGCACAAGCUUAUUUAAUUCGAGCAUUUUUCUGUGCAAAAUGUGCCAUUAAGAAGAUAUCAGCUAACCAAUCUAAUGUGAAUACAAAUUUUACUCGUCAAAAUCCUGUUACUGUUUCAAUGCCAUCAAGAAGUAUGCGGGGAAAGCAUCAUCAUUAUCAUAUGCAACAAAGCCAUCGUGGAAAUUCAACAAAUCAUUCACAACGUAGACAUUUCAUGCAAACUGAUACUAAUAAUACUAACAGUAAUUGUGUGCUUUCAACUAGUACACGAAAUACCAUAAUAACAAAUGAUCAAAAUAAUUGUUUACCAUCGGAGAAUUCAUCAUCAUUAUUUCUUAUACCUGGUGCAUCAUCACCUUGUAGAGCAUCGAAUCAAGUCAGAAUAUCAUCAGCUAAUGUUAACUCAGAUUUUAAUUUGAUCAAUGCUACUACUUCUACUACUACUACUACUACUACUACCACUACCAAUACUAAUACCAAUUCAAAAUCAUGUAGUGCACAUAUACUGUGGACUUUAGAUGUCGCCAGUAGUUUAGGUCCGUUGGCUGUGAAUGAAUAUUGUGAUUUAGUUUUACAAUGUGUCAAUUGUCCUUUGUUAAUGGAACAAAUCACUUCGAAAGUUAUUGACUAUUUUGAAAAAUAUACAAAAACACAUGCACCAUCUUGUAGCGUUAAUAAUGGCAGAGGCAGCCUAGCCAAUAUGCAACAAACCUACGUCGAUGUUUCCUCACCAAAUAGAGUCAUUUCUGAUAACAGUGAUAAAAAUUUAAACUUUUGUUCAAAUAUAUCUCAAAAUUUUGUCAAUCAAUCUCAUAUGCCUAAUCAGUUAUGGACGACUUCAUUGGCCUCUGUUAUUCCUGCAUCUAAUUGGACAACCAAUUCCAAUCCCCAUAAUCUGCACGAUGUUGUUCAUCCUCUGAUUUCUUUACCUUUUCCUCAUUCUGAUCCCAAUAACAUAAAUUCCACGUUUAAUUAUCAUUCUUUCAUACCACCAUCAAUACUUCCACCGAAUAAUCCAUCUUGGUCACAUUCGUCUGUACGACCUGUCAGUUAUCCUAUACUACGACAGAAUUUAUGUUCUAAACAAUUACAGGAAAACAUUUGUCGUUUUAAACAAAUGAAUUUAAAUUCUGAGUCAAAUAUAAAUGCUAGUCCGUACAUUCUUUCCAACAAUAAACCAAAUAAUUUAAAUGUUGGUUUAAAUCAAUUACCUUUUUAUAAUCAGCAGGCAAAUUUAUGGCCAAUCAACCCACUGUCUUAUAUUCGUCCUGUUCCUGCUCCUCCACCCCAUACAGUAGCACCUAGUCCUCUGACACAUCAUCAUCAAAAUGACUUGUAUCUGAAUUCGGUGAUGACAACAACAACGGGAACACUAGGAAUUCAUCAUGACAGUUACACCACAAUAGAUGAAUCAAUAAAACCAAAAUCAGUUGAAUUUAGCGGUAGAGAUGUAGUAGAAAAUUUGAUUAAUCAUACACACACAUUAUUUCAAAAAUAUAUUGAUCAAAGACUUCAGUAUAUUGGACAAAGUCAAGCUGAAUGGGAUGAAUUCGUUGAUUUAAUUUUAAAAGCGUAUAAUGUUCACUUAAGUAUGCCCGCUAUUGAUUGCGGUUUACAUUGGAAUAACUUACUGACACGUAUUCGUCGUCAUCAAAAGUGUAGUCCAGCUUUGUGGCAGCGUAUUUUAGCUGGUAUACAAACCGCUGAUUUAAAAAGAUCAACUUAA